AUGACAACCUUGGAUAACGCGAAUCCAACUAUCCUGAGUGCGUCUCAGCUGCCUACCCGGCAGAAGAAGGCUGAGCCGCGUCGGGGUCCGGACUCCAAAUACGACGAUAUCAUCUUCGCGAAGCCAUCGUAUCUUUCUGGGCCUUUCGGUCAAGGUCCGGCCGCUUGGCCUCGAAUGAACGACUGGCAGGAUGAUUUCUCAUCCGAAGCUAUUGACGAACAAGAAAUUUAUGAUCUGAUCUCAACAAUCUCGGAUCCAGAGCACCCGGUAUCACUCGGCCAAUUGUCAGUGAUUAACCUCUCUGAUAUUCACAUUACUCCCCCUCCUUCUAUGGGCGUUCCUGACCCCAAUACCAUCGUCCAGGUGGUUGUGGAGAUCACGCCUACCAUCACCCACUGCUCGCUAGCCACCGUUAUUGGUCUGGGAGUUCGAGUGAGACUGGAGCAGGCACUGCCGCCCAACUACCGUGUGGAUGUUACCUGCAAAGAGAACAGCCACAACCAAGAUGAUCAAGUCAACAAGCAACUAGGCGAUAAGGAACGAGUUGCUGCAGCUUUAGAGAACGACACUCUGAAGGGAGUGCUGGACAAGAUGUUGGAAACUUGCGCUUAG